AUGUCUACGAGCAAGUAUAAUAUGGAAUCGACAACACAAGAUUUAAUCUGGAAUAAAUAAAUUUACAUUAAUAUAAAUAGUAUAAAUAAUACAAUGCUGAGUGACAUCUAUCGUAAUCAGGGUUUGUUUAAGGCACUUUUCCUAACCAUAGGAUUAGUGCUGAUUGUAUUUUGCUUCUUUUUUAAUGUUGGUGAGUACAAAAGCUUAGCUAAUACUAAGUCAAAAGCUUACUACACAUUUUCUGCAAGAUUGCACACAUCAUCUUCAGAAGGAAUUGAUUGUUAUUAAGAUAUCAAAAGCUGCAACGGUGAUGGAUUUUGCAACACUGUUAAAACGACUCCUUAUUUAGGGGGAUUUGCCUUGGGAUUUAUUGGAUUAGUUCUGAUAUUUUCAUUCGGGGAAUCCAUAAUAAGUAGAAUUAUUAAAAAAUAUCAUAUUUGGAUAAUUCAAUUGGUAUUCCUAUUCCUCGCAUGGGCAUUAAUAUUGAUCAUUCCUAUUUUGUAUUUAACAACAAAAGGAAAUGAUUGGAGUUUAUGUUGGAUUCCAAUAAUAUUUGAAUUUAUUGCAGUAGCUACCACAAGUUUUUCAGCCUUCCUUUAUUAUAAAAGUAAUGAAACCAAGGGUCCAGGAUUAUUAUCAUGAUGAUGUUUAAAUACAUAUUUAGAUUUAGUAAAUUUUUAUCUAUAAUUAUUA